AUGGACGAGGACCAGUGGAUGGAGGCUAUCGUGGACGAGCAGGCCACGCAUUCCCCACACGGCGGGCAUGAUAUACGCCCGGGAUAUCAUGGAGCACCCUGGGACCACCGCCCGCCGCCGGGCCAUGUUUCGUUGACCAGCGCACCGGUCGUGGUAUUUAUCCGGGAGCGAAUCCAGCGGGUGUCCACGGGGAAGGUUAUUAUUUACGCCAACGUGGUCCGCCAGGUUGUGGACAUUGCACAGGAAUUGCAGUGCGAGGCAUAUUACAGCCGGCAGAUUGAUAAACCGUCGAUAUUACAGCGGUUCACACAGGGCCAGACCCGGUGUAUUAUCCACGUUGGCAUGCCCCGGUCAUUGUUGGAUUACACGCAGGAAAGUGGUUGUGCCGGACGGGACGGAGAGGCCAGUGAGGCCAUUAUUAUCCAGCCGGAGGGCUCCCAGCAUCCCGGCCUGGAUACAUCCCCGACGAUACCGCAUUGGUGGCGGAAUAUAUGGAUCACCGUGGAUAGAUAUCAGCGGCAAUAUUGCCAGGAUCAGAAUCCCGAGGAGGUUCCAUGUGAUGGAUGCCAUCCUGAUUGGCAUUCGGUAUCCAUUGUUAAGGCAGAGGGUUCCAUGGUAGAUCUAGUAAUAAUCGAAUCACCACCGUUAUCGCACCCCAAUUAUAUCCGGUCGAGUCCCGGUGGAGGCAGUGAUUCCCCCACCUAUUCCCCCCCAUCCAUAAAGAUUGAUUAUCCGUCUAGUUCUAAUGCCAGCCCGGCAUCAUUCCAAUCCCAGCCCCCCUGGAUUGACGUGGCGGAACAGCAACGGCAGCGGAUCCAGGUUCAACGGCAGGCCGCAGUCGACAGUCAGCAACGCACCCAGGAUGCGCAGCAGUGGUUGGAUAAGGAGUUUAUCAAAUCCCAGGCACCACAGUGGCAACGGCAGUGUUAUAUUUGCACGGUGCAGGGACAUGCAUGGAACAAGCAUGAUUUGUACAGUUGCCGUGGUCCCGCCAGUCAGACAGCGAAACAGUGGAUGGUGGAGAUCCGACAGAAGAUUCGGUAUGCCCAGUUUAGUGCAUGUUUCCGGUGUGGGAUGCCCCAGAGUAUAUGUAAUAGAUGGCAGGUCGGUAGCCAGGCCACAUGUGCAUAUCAUGAUGUAUUAAUCCCUAUAACCGCGGCUAUGGUGUAUGGACCGUGGGCGGAGCAGGUGUAG